AUUUUUAUGAAGAUGAAAACUUGGCCAAUGCAAAUGACAUUAAAUGGUUUACGGAAAACAUCAUUGAUAAGUACGGUUUCCAAAAGAUGGAGGGAAGAGAUAUGUGGAAAAAGCAAGGCCAAUUUGGUCCGUAUUUGAAAGACGAGGCAUUUCUCAUCGCUGCUUCUAGGGCAAGGGAAUUCUUUAAAAGGAAUAAUGACUGGGGGAAAACAAAAAGCAAUCCACAAUUCAGAAAAACAGGGAAAUGCUUGGAACUUCUUUAUAUUACAGCAGCGAGAUAUCUGUUUGUGACUCAUGUGUUGUUGGAGGUCAGUAAAGGAACCAUGAUGUCCUGUGGAAAAGAUGAAGCGUUAAACAGAAUCCCUUCCUCUGUCUGCUAUCCAGAACCUUAUGGAACUGCCUCUUGCACGUCUGAUUAUGAUGUUGGACUGAUAGGCAAGGAUUCUGGUUCCGUAACCGCUAAAUUCAAUAAGUAUUUUCAAGAUCCUAGCAACGGCUUUGGAAAGCCUUCAGAGUUGGUGUUUGAUACCAAUGUUUACGCUUUUACUCUUGAAUACGCCAUGCCCUCGAUAUUCUCGGGUCUCCCAUCAAAUUUUGAAAACCAGGUUAAAGCAGCAGAAGGUACUAUCAACUACCAAAUGCAAGAACUUGCAAGUUCUUACUACAAAGUAUUCAAAUAUAACCAAGAAUUUGCAGAAAAACUUUGGGAAACAGCUUUGUUGAAUCUUCAAUCGGAUUCCGCAAGAACUACUGCACUGCAAACAUGGCGGAGUCAGAUCAAGGCACUCGAUUCACAGGUUCCUUUGGCUAAAGUAUCAAGAGCUGCGCAUAACGAGAAGUAUCAGCAACUAGUGGAACAAAUAUCUGUACUUCAGAACGGCUAUGGAUCACCCAAAGAUAGUUUAGCCAUUCUUGCUAAGGCUUUGCUGUACGCUGCCGAGGCUUAUCACACGCGUGGCGCCAUACGUCAUGUGGUUGGAGGAACCCAAAUGAAGCUAAACCAAUACCAAACAGCUAAACUGCCUUUGAACGACUUAUGGGUAUCUAUGAUAGAGAACUGGGGCGAGAGCAUCAAGGAAUACAUUCAUUGUCAAGGAAAAAUCCUAGAAGAAUGUUUGCUGAAAAUGAGCAAGUACAUGUGGAGAAUGUUUGCUGCUAUGAAAUUUUUAAGACAAGGCAUUCCGGCUCCCAAAAGAGGAGGAUUGGUGUCAUUUGCUGGUGUCAAAGACCCCGAGACCAUGAUGUCUUAUUGGUUGGAUGUUUACAAGAGGAGAGGUGUUAACAUGGUAUCCAGCAAUGAGAAUUUUGUCAAAAACUUUUUUCUGAUGCUUGACUGUCCUCUUGAACGUCUUGGUCAACCCCUUUCCUUUCAGUGCAUGCAAAGUAUCAACAAUAAAGUUGACAUUUACAAUAGAAAAAUGGCAGACCCCAAAAUAAAUAAAGAGGGAAUGCAAAAUGAUGCCCAACAAAAUGAUUCGGAAAGUGAAGAUUACUACGGCAAAUUCAUUGACGAAAUCAUGCAAAGUUGAGUUAAAUUAAAUAUCAUGCACCACGCAUCAAUUGCUUAGUUAUCAAAAUGAAAUAAAAUGGAUAUUACGA